CGCGCGUUCCAGUCCAAAGCAUCAGCUCGGGCACUCGGACGAAAGGACAAAACGUGUUUGGAGGGAACCCGAGAGCUUCGAUUGGCAUGGAAGCGUUCCGGGGACGCGGCUUGGUUCCUUAAAGGCGGGAGGAAAUAAGAAGAAGAAGAGGAGGAGGAGGGAGAUGGGUUUGUCUUUCACAAUAUCUUAGAUCCGCUGUCCUUGGCGCACGGGUCCUACCUGCAUUUUCUUUGUGCGUGUGCGUGCGUGCGUAUAUGUGCGUGUGCGUUCCCUGAUCCGAAAUAGUGUGCGGGAGCUUUGGCGCGCUGUAGCGCAUUGAAGUGCUUUGUUUCCAAUCCCAAAGGACUUCUGUCAUCCCCGUCCUGUGCCACGAUGUCUGCCACAUUCCAGUCUUUGUUCCUUGUGCUUCUCGGUGUGGUCUCUGCUGGGGCUCAGACAGAAAUGAAGAAGGUUGUUGGGGACAACGCGACGCUGCCGUGCCAUCAUCAGUUCCGGCAGUCAAAUGGACAGACACUGGACAUCGAGUGGAUUCUGCAGAAACCCAGCUUCAAACAGCGUGUGAUCAUCACGUUUUUCAACAACGAGGUCUACACCAACGAUAACCAGGCGAGCCGCCUGUCCUUUGCCGGAGACUACCUAAACGGAGACGCCUCUCUCCUGAUCAGCGAUCUCCAGUUGAGCGACUCGGGCGAGUACCACUGCAAAGUGAAGACAGGCGGGAAGUACCUUUGGAGCCAGGUCAACCUCGUGGUCCUGGUGAAGCCAUCUAAGCCACGAUGUUGGAUGGAAGGGCAUUUGCUCGAGGGCAGUGAUGUGAGACUGAGCUGCAAGUCUUCCGACGGCUCUGACCCCAUCUACUAUAAGUGGGAGAGAGUUCUGGACAAGGGCAAAAGCGUGGGAAAGCUGCCGGAGUUCGCGCUCAUCGAUCUGAAGAACCCUGAGAUCGUGACGUUGAGGAACCUGAGUCAGGAGAGCUCGGGCGUGUACAGGUGCACAGCCAGCAACGACGUGGGAGAGGAGAACUGUAUCAUCGAAGUUACUAUGCAGUAUGUACGAGGUAUAGGCGUGGUGGCUGGUGCUGUGGUCGGUGUGUCCUUUGGCGUCCUCAUCAUCAUCCUCAUCAUCUGGCUGGUCUUCCGCAAGAAAGAGAAGAAGCGGUAUGAGGAGGAGGAGACACCCAAUGAGAUCAGGGAGGAUGCAGAGGCUCCCAAAGCCAAGCUCGUCAAACCCAACUCGCUGUCGUCCUCUCGCUCUGGCAGCUCUCGUUCUGGUGCCUCGUCCACCCAGUCCAUGGUGCACAGCACCGCGCCCCGUAGCCAGCGACCCCGGCCCCCAGCCGUCUGCACCCUCAAGGAGAACGGACAACCCCCAGAGUUCCUGCAGUCCUCCCCAGAACCGCCCACCACCCCCAAAUUCAGGGUGCCUAAUCCACCGGUGGGCCUGGCUGUGCCCACCAUAGGGGUCCUGAUGCCACCGCAGAGCAAAGCCUUUCAGACUGUGUAGGGGAAAGUAAAAGAUCCAGCAACAUCCCUGGACAGGAAGUACACGCUGACUCAGCUCAUGCAACUACCGUGGAAAAAAAUUACAAGAGAAAAAACAAGCAUAAGAAGAAUUCAUACUUUAAAAACUAAAAUCUAAAUGAAUGCAUACAUGAAAAAUGUUAAGUGCUUGCCCGCUGCUGAACUGUACAAAACAUUUCCCUGUCACCCCAUAUUGCUCUUUCUCCAUCUCAUCUUGCACUCUCUGCCUGUCUGAAGUUACCUUAUGUUAUUUUUAUCAUUUUAUUGUUCCUUUUUUUUUUCUUUUUUUACUUUUGAGGCAUAUUGAGUGACGAGGUGGAAAGAUUUGCCCCGAGUGACACUUUAUUUAUUUAUUGAAAGUGAAAGGGCAGAGAAAUCCAGGGCAAACUGAGUUUAUGAAAUAUCAGGGAUGACGUGUGGAAAAAUGAAGAAAGAAAACAACGAAACAACAGAUGACACUCGUCUCGUAGAAAAGACCGGAGAUAUCAGGUCACUCAGCUUUUCCUUGAAGAAUCACUGAAAAUGAUGAGGAGACAAUCAAAAUUCUGCUAAUUCCCAGAAUGCAGUGCAGGAAGUUGGAUCUUGUGGGAUUAGAAGCAUUUCCAGUGACGACAUGGACAGUCCAGGACAUAAAGACGUGGAUGGAUAUCACAUGCAUUAAUGAAAAGGAGUAACCAAAUAAUUUACUUUUGGUAAAACCAAAAGGAGUAACUGCCAAAUAAUAUUUGGCAGUUAUUCCAUUACUGUUCAGUUACUAUUUAUAUGUUUAACAUACAACACUGUUGGACAAAUUCAUUUAUUUCAUAUGUAAUGCAUGGAUGGUGUCCUGCUUGGACUGGCGUCCCAUCCAGGAGCCUCACACUCAGUGUUCCCAGGACAGGCUCUUAAUCUGCCAUGACCCUGACCAGGAUAAAAUGGUUACUGAAUUUUCAUGAUUAUUAUUAUUUACAUCUACUAAAAAAGUUGGGACGUUGUGUAAAACAUUCAUGAAAACAGAAUGUGAAGAUUUGCAAAUCAUGGAAACCCUAUAUUUCAUUGAAAACCAUUCAAAGGCAACAUAUCAAAU